UGAGGACCGGCUGAGGGAGGGCGGGGAAAGGGGAGACACAGAGAAAGAGACAGACAGGCAGGGAAGGGAGGAGGCCUGCUGCUGUUUUUUCCUCAUCCAAACCAACCCCACUCCCGCCCCAUGGGCGGUUUCCGCCUCCCUUGGCCUAGUUCUCUGGGGGGCAGCUGGGGCUGCAGGAAGAAGGAGGAGGAGAGGGGGGGCCUAGUCGGUUGAGGGGCUGGGAGGCGGUGCCCCCCAUCUUCCCCAUCCCCUCGCACCCCAUCUCUCAGGAUCCCACAGGCUUGACCCUUCCCACCCAACGGUUCCCCAGCAGUGCCAGGAGAAGAUGGUGUUGAGCAGGGCACCCCGGAACUGAGGAUGCCCCCCACACCGUGCCAGGGGGAGACCACGGCCAGGCCUGGGAUCUAGGCCCUCGGGGGGAAGGGGGAGGGAAAACCACCACCCUCCCCCAUGGUGCCACUUCAGAACCACUAGGAACUCCAGCCCAGUCGAGCGUGGGGGGGAGGAGGGUGGGGUUUUGGGGGGCUCCCCCCCCCCUCCUGUCUCUCUCUGUGUCUCUCCCUCACACACGCACACCCCCCUCGGGGGCAACCGAAAGUGAAUUAAAAUGUCCACUAGGACCCCUUUACCAACGGUGAAUGAAAGAGACACGGAAAACCACACGUCUCACGGAGAUGGGCGACAAGAAGUUACUUCUCGAACUGGGCGCUCUGGUGCUCGCUGUAGAAACUCCAUAGCCUCCUGUGCAGAUGAGCAACCCCAUAUUGGAAACUACAGACUUCUGAAAACAAUUGGCAAGGGGAAUUUUGCAAAAGUCAAACUGGCAAGGCACAUCCUUACCGGCAGAGAGGUUGCAAUAAAAAUAAUUGACAAAACACAGCUGAAUCCAACCAGUCUGCAGAAGCUCUUCAGAGAAGUAAGAAUAAUGAAGAUUUUAAACCAUCCAAAUAUAGUUAAGUUAUUUGAAGUAAUUGAAACUGAAAAAACACUGUACUUAAUCAUGGAAUAUGCAAGUGGAGGUGAGGUAUUUGACUAUUUGGUUGCACAUGGAAGAAUGAAGGAAAAGGAAGCCCGAGCUAAAUUUAGACAGAUAGUAUCUGCAGUGCAGUAUUGCCACCAAAAGCAUAUUGUUCACAGGGAUCUCAAAGCUGAAAAUCUAUUGCUUGACGCCGAUAUGAACAUUAAAAUAGCGGACUUUGGUUUUAGCAAUGAAUUUACAGUUGGCAAUAAACUGGACACAUUUUGUGGCAGUCCUCCUUAUGCAGCUCCAGAACUCUUCCAGGGCAAGAAAUAUGAUGGACCCGAAGUUGAUGUUUGGAGCCUAGGUGUCAUUCUGUACACUCUCGUGAGUGGAUCUCUUCCUUUUGAUGGACAGAACCUAAAGGAACUGAGAGAGAGAGUAUUAAGAGGGAAAUACAGAAUUCCUUUCUACAUGUCCACGGACUGUGAAAACCUCCUCAAACGUUUUCUGGUGCUAAAUCCAACUAAAAGAGGCACUCUCGAGCAAAUCAUGAAGGACAGGUGGAUCAAUGCUGGCCAUGAAGAUGAUGAGCUUAAACCAUUUGUUGAACCAGAACUAGAUAUCUCGGACCAGAAAAGAAUAGAUAUUAUGGUGGGAAUGGGAUAUUCACCAGAAGAAAUUCAAGAAUCUCUUAGUAAAAUGAAAUAUGAUGAAAUCACAGCUACGUAUUUGUUGUUGGGGAGGAAAUCUUCUGAGCUGGAUGCCAGUGAUUCCAGUUCCAGCAGCAAUCUUUCGCUUGCGAAGGUGAGGCCAAGCAGUGAUCUCAAUAAUAGCACUGGACAAUCUCCCCAUCAUAAAGUGCAGAGAAGCAUAUCUUCAAGCCAAAAGCAGCGACGAUACAGUGACCAUGCUGGACCAUCAAUUCCUCCGGUCAUGGCAUAUCCAAAAAGGAGCCAGACGAGUACCGCAGAUAGUGAUCUUAAAGAAGAAGGAAUUCAAUCCAGGAAAUCAGGCAGCAGUGCUGUCGGCGGGCGGGGAGUGGCUCCAGCCAGCCCCAUGCUGGGAAGCGCAAACAAUCCUAAUAAGGCAGAUAUUCCCGAACGGAAGAAAAGUUCCACAGUCCCUAGUAAUAAUACAACAUCUGGAGGAAUGACGCGACGAAAUACUUACGUUUGUAGUGAAAGAACCACCGCGGAUCGACAUUCCGUUAUUCAAAAUGGCAAGGAGAACAGCGCUAUUCCUGAUCAGAGAACGCCCGUCGCUUCGACCCACAGCAUCAGCAGCGCCGCCACCCCGGAUCGCAUCCGCUUCCCGCGAGGGACGGCCAGUCGCAGCACUUUCCACGGCCAGCCCCGGGAGCGGCGCACGGCCACGUACAACGGCCCACCGGCAUCGCCCAGUCUGUCCCAUGAAGCCACGCCACUUUCCCAGAGCCGAAGCAGGGGCUCCACUAACCUCUUCAGUAAAUUAACUUCAAAACUCACCCGCAGAAACAUGUCUUUCAGGUUUAUCAAAAGGCUCCCGACUGAAUAUGAGCGGAACGGGAGAUCUGAGGGUUCAAGCCGCAACGUGUCAGCCGACCAGAAGGACGAGAACAAGGAAGCCAAGCCCCGUUCCCUCCGGUUUACCUGGAGCAUGAAAACCACCAGCUCCAUGGACCCCAAUGACAUGAUGAGAGAGAUCCGCAAGGUCCUGGACGCCAAUAACUGUGACUACGAGCAGCGGGAGCGUUUUUUGCUCUUCUGCGUCCACGGGGACGGACACGCGGAGAACCUGGUCCAGUGGGAGAUGGAGGUGUGUAAGCUGCCAAGACUGUCCCUGAACGGCGUCCGCUUCAAGCGCAUAUCGGGAACGUCCAUAGCUUUUAAAGACGUCGCUUCCAAAAUCGCCAACGAGCUAAAGCUGUAACCCAGGAACUCUGUCGUAAAUUAAGUAGCAAGUGAAAGCGUUCUCCGGAACGCUGAUGGAAAAUGUAUAGAGUAAUAUUUAGGCAAUAACUUCCGCGUCUUCUGAAUCAUGAUAUUAAAAAAAAAAAAUUACGGAGAUGAGCUGCUCAGCUGGGAGGGAGAGUUGGACUUUUUUUUUUAUAAGUGCACUACAGCAUUAAAGUUGCCUACUAUGUCAAAUAUC